AUGAGCUGCUUUGGUUGUUGUGGCGGUAACGAUUUUCGUAGAGUUGUUGAAACUGGUCCAAAGCCAGUGUACGUGCAGCAGGUACACUUUACCUUAUGUCCUGGUGGAGGUCACCAUCAUAAGCCAGACCCACCCAAGAACUCGCCAGUCAUUCAGAUGCAGCCUAUCUCUGUACCUGCCAUUCCAGCUGAUGAGUUGAAGGAUAUAACCGAUAACUAG